AUGGAUGAUGCAGUUCGAAUAAGCGCCGAAACGUUUCGCUCAAUAUACGAAAUGGGCUUCAAGACCUGGACUCAACUUGAUGCCAACAUCAAGGACAAAUCUAUGCUCCCUCCACUGUCCCAAGCUAUUGGGGAAAUCUGCCAUCAACACCCUGUCUUGACUCCCAAUCUCAGGCUCAAGACUGAUCAGAUGGGAGCCUUCGCUACUGGUGGAUGUAUCUGGAGCUCUCAUGGCCCGAAGUGCACCCACGCAAUUUCACCAUUUCGGCUACCAGUACGCAUCAAGGUUGCCGCAAAGAAGCCGGUUUCUUUGUCGAUAUCUGAACCAACUGAGAGCCAAAAGACCGCAUUUCCGUGCUUCAUACGCGAUCAAGACUAUAUCUAUGUACUUAUGCUAGCUUGGGCAUACAUUCUUUCCGCACGCUGGAUAGACAUUAUGCCUGGAACUUGCUCUCUUACCUACACCGACAGGCAAGCAAUAUCUCAACAAGACACGACUGGAUGCCAAGGCAACGAAAACCUCAUCAGUGUUCAGCUUGGCCACGUGAGCCCACAAGAAGCUCGGUGGUGGGCCGCCAUUCUUGCUCCAGGCCAGGGUUGGCAAGCAAAUCUGGAAUAUGAGCAACAAGCAUUCGUGUCGCCUUGGUCAAUCCACGUACAGCAGAAUUUCGAGUUCCUACUGCUACACAACACAGAUCUCGCGACUUCUCCAUACCCAGCCGCAACGUUCUCAGAUGCUGUCCAUUAUCUCAACCGAUUUUGCGCACGACACGGAGUUUCUGAUCAGAGUCAAGCUGCUCUAGCUUCCGUUCUUUUGCUACCUUCUAUGGGCACCCUGAAGUCUUUGCGAUUACCAACCCCCAGUAGUCAGAUGAGUGCACCACAUACUACAGCUAACUCUGUGGUUGAAGACUUGGAUAACGAUUGGAUUUACAGGAGCUGUUACAUAGAUAAGCUUCUAACUCUAAGCUGCAAUACUAGGGGCAUGCGCACUCUUCUUUUCAGCGUCUUCUAUGAGCCUAGCAUUGAGUGCAACGCCGUCACACCGUGGCUCCAGGGAACUUUGGCAGCAAUCAAGCAUGUGGCCGGAAACAACUCAUACCUCGCUGGUCGUCUAUGCAUGGAGCGUUCGACGCGAGUGGCCUUUUUGUGGCUCGGUUGCAUCAUACUCAACAUACAGAGUGAACUCCUUCGAGAGGUUCAUUUUGGACAAAUACCUAUUGACCUCCCAUCUGCCUCGUGGUCCGGAACUACACAGUCAUUCAUCCAACAGCGUGUUUCCAACCCGCUUGUAAUAGAUGGGUUCAUUUCGCGUGCGGAUGAGUGUCGGCUCCUGUUCCUUUCCCAGUCCGAACGCCGCUCUCGACUUCCUGUGUGUCAAUGGACGCCAUUCGGCAAGACCCCUGUUGGCGAUGUCGAUUUGGAAGUCCGAGUCCAUCAGCAAUGCGAAGACCAUUGGCUGCAGUAUGAAGGCAUCGAAUGGGAAUAUGAGGAUGGCCAUGUUGAGUUUCUCCCGUCACAAACGGGGGACAGCCAAACCAUUCCUAGCAAGCCACCUAUACAUCUAUCCACACAGGAACUUACUACAGAUAUAUCCUAUGAAGGACUAGAACGAGAUCGGGAGGCUAUCUCAGAGAAUGCAACACGCAACAUAUUUGGCUGGCUACGCGUGGAUGGCUAUGCGCAGGGUGAACAAGACAUCUGGAAACAUGAGUGGUUCGACAUGUCUGACUCUGACGACGAUGAUAUCAAGGAGGAGGAAACAAUAUCUGAUACCUCGGCCCAACUAUCUCCGCGAGUAGAGUCUUGGGUUUUGAACCACUCGCACUAG